GAGGGACCGCCCGCAGCAAGCGGGUUAGCCAAUGGCCAUGCUGCCCUGUGAUAAUCAGUCCAGAGUUCACCGGCCGAUGGCUCGCCUUUAUCUUCCCUCACUGUAAAGCUAUGCGACAUUUCUUUUCCUCCCCAAGAGAAGUGAAGGCUUAUUAUGGCUUGCUGCGAACCGGUCUGGCAAAGAUGUCAUGUGGAGCGACUUGGAGGUGAUGAGAAACAAAACAAACUGCCAUAUUGAAAAAGUUACCGGGAUUCCUGAAGGAUUGAUUUUGUUCGUUCAGAACCGACAAGCAUAAAUUUAAUUCUUUGGAUGUGUGGAUUCAUUUUAACAACAUAACAGGCUCCCUGUGGUGUUUGGAAGAAAAAGUUUUACGAGCACCUUGAGCAUGACUGCGGUGACAAGCGUGACUCAAGUGAAGAUAUAAAAAUGCUGCUGUGGAACUCUGCUGCAGUCGAGGAUCUGCACGGGAACAGCAGUGACAAUGGGGUCGGAAAUGUGGAACGGGUCCUCGUCCCUAUUUUUGAUGCCGUGAUCUUGGUUUUGGGUGUCGGUGGGCACACAACGGUGAUGGUGAUCCUAUGCAGGAGGAACAGGGGGAGGACGGCUCGGUCAGGAACAGGUACGGACAUCCUCCUGCUGGCCCUGAGUUUUGCGGAUCUUCUUCUGCUCUCCACGCUUCCCUUCCACACGGCCGCCAUCGCCUUGCAGCGAUGGCCUUUCGGGGAAUUCCUGUGUCGUCUGGCGGGAUUUUUGGGAUCGGCCUGCACCUCGGCCAGCGCUUUUACGUUGUCCAACCUGGCGGUGUUGCGCUACAUGACGGUGGUGCACCCCACCAGAACUUACCGCUUCCUAUCUCCACGCCACGUCGCCAUGACGGCCGCACUUCUUUGGGUCCCGGCUUGCGCUCUGGCGGCACCCCAGCUGGUGUUUCGUUUUGUAGGAAGCUCUCCAGAUAACCCGGACGCCCUUGCUUGCUUUGCUUUCCUCAACCACCAGGAUCAGCUCAUUUAUGGAUUGGUCCACUUUUUGAUGGCCUUCUUGCUCCCCCUGGUCACCAUCGCCAUCGCUUACGGUAAUAUCUACCUGUUCCUGUGGAGGACUCGGAACGCCGUUCAGGCUCCUCAAGUCGAACGUUACCAGAGCAAGGUCACCCAAACGUCAGCAAUACUGGUGCUGGCGUUUACUCUGUGCUGGCUGCCUUCUUAUGGCUUAACACUGGCCUUGCUAUCUGACAAAAGCUCAGGGGCCACCGGCUCGUCGCCACGUUACGGCCCGUUCAGCGUGUUCGCACGACUCAUGGCCAUCGCGUCGACGGUGUUGAACCCCAUCCUCUAUGUGCUCAUCUCCCAAAAGUUUCGACAGGAUCUGCUGAGGCUGUUUAAGAGGGAAAGGAAGCGAGCCAAUGGGGGUGGGGUCGUCUGAUUGACAGUAAUUACUCAGCGGCUACACAAACACGGGGCUGAGUCACACCACUUGUAAUUACAAUUAAUCAUUUGAAAGACUGCUAGGAAAGAACGGGCACUCCAGAGGAUUACUCAACAAGUUGGGAAGAAUCUCACUGCUUGGUUGAAAUCAUGCAUAGAAAUCACCCCCCAAAGGAAUGUUGAGAUCACCAAGAAGCAGGAAUACUCACUCUCGACAACAGUCUUGCGGUCUGAUCCAUCAUCGCUGAUCUGCUGGAUGUUGCCAAAGUGGAUGUCGCUGAAGAAGACCCGAUUGGCUCCCUUCCCUCCUCCCCCUCUGUAAUCGAAGGUCAGCGCUAUGACGUUCUUCAUGUGCUCGGGGUCUUCAAACGGUUUGAUGGGCGCGUUCAGGUUGUUUUCAUCCGAGAGGUGGACGCUCUUUAGUAUGGUGCGCUCCGAAUAGAGCAGGUAGCCGUCGUAGUCGCGGCAGGCGCAUCCGUCUUCGGCCAGCAUGCCGUGAGCGCAGGCGCAUGUGCGCUGGCCGUUGCCGCUGUACAGACAAAGCUGCUGGCAUCCGCCGUUCUUGACUUUGCACACGUUUGUUCCUGCACGGACAUACAGAAUACGGUCAGAAACAUUCUUUUGGAAUUGCCAGCAUUUUGAAAAUGAGACAUUUGACUACACUCCUGGUACCUUCAUUUGGAUCAGUCUUAUUAGUGCCGAUAUAAGUUUAGCAUUAAUUCUGCCUCUGUAAACAUAAUGCUCAGUUUUCAUUUAAUCUGUCAAAAUGGUAAUCAUUUACCAAUAUGUUAAUAAUAAUGUAAAACAGAUGAAAUUAUUUUUUUACCCAUCUCCUGUGACUAAAAAGAAAAUCUGUAAGUAGUAUUAUAUUUGUUAAGGCAUAAUUUGGUUCUAUGAAAAGUACGAAUGUACCUCAAGUUGUGGCUGCAGACUACGUGCACACAUAUUCGGGUGCAUCUCCAUAAAUCAGAACAUUGUAGACAGGUUCAUUCAUCUGUGCUCAAUUCCAAAUGUGAACCGUAUAUUACACUCACUGAUUAAACACAUGAGGAAAUAUUU